AUGGAUGGCCCGACGCGGGGCCAUGGACUCCGCAAAAAGCGGCGGUCGCGGUCGCAGCGAGACCGGGAGAGGCGCUCCCGGGGCGGGCUGGGGGCCGGCGCGGCCGGCGGCGGCGGGGCCGGCCGGACCCGGGCGCCCUCGCUCGCCUCGUCGUCGGGCUCCGACAAGGAAGACAAUGGAAAGCCCCCGUCCUCCGCCCCGUCCCGGCCCAGACCCCCGCGGAGGAAGCGGAGAGAGUCCACGUCGGCCGAAGAGGACAUCAUUGAUGGAUUUGCCAUGACCAGCUUUGUCACUUUUGAAGCGCUGGAGAAAGAUGUAGCACUUAAGCCUCAGGAACGGGUGGAGAAACGCCAGACUCCCCUGACCAAGAAGAAACGAGAAGCACUUACCAAUGGCUUGUCCUUUCAUUCAAAGAAGAGCAGACUCAGCCACCCGCACCACUACAGCUCAGAUCGAGAAAAUGACCGCAACCUCUGCCAGCACCUCGGGAAGAGAAAGAAAAUGCCGAAGGGACUCCGACAGCUCAAGCCAGGGCAGAACAGCUGCAGGGACAGUGACAGCGAAAGCGCCAGUGGAGAAUCCAAGGGCUUCCACCGGAGCAGCUCUCGGGAAAGGCUCAGCGACAGUUCAGCUCCUUCCAGCUUGGGAACAGGCUACUUUAGGUCAGGGAGGAUGUGCCAUGGUGAGAAACUAUGUCUUAAAAUGUGGAAACAAUACAAAGGGGGAUAUCAGCAAAACUUAACCCUGUGUCAGUAA